GUUUUAUGCAAUUAUAUUACACAGUACUUUAUAAUGAAUAUGCUUAUGAGCCUGAGAAAUGCUGGAGGAAAGCUUGUGGGUGGACUUCAAUCAAGAUUAUUAGUAAGUUCUAGUACAUGUGUGCGGAGCAAGCACACCUUACCUGAUCUGCCUUAUGAUUACAAAUCUUUGGAACCAACAAUAUCUGAAGAAAUAAUGCGAUUACAUCAUUGCAAACACCAUGCUACCUAUGUAACCAAUCUAAACGCAGCAGAGGAGAAACUUGCUGAAGCCCAAGUAAAGAGCGAUGCAACGGCAAUAAUCAAUCUCGCUCCUGCUCUCAAAUUCAAUGGUGGCGGCCAUAUCAAUCACUCCAUCUUUUGGACAAAUUUAUCUCCGGAUGGUGGCGGAGUUCCUCAGGGAGAGUUAGCUGAAGCUAUUAAUCGUGAUUUUGGCUCCUUUGAUAAAAUGAAAGAAAAGCUUACUGCAUCUACUGUCGCUGUUCAGGGUUCUGGCUGGGGUUGGCUUGGAUACAAUAGAGAGUGUGGAAGAUUAGAAAUAACGACUUGUGCUAACCAAGAUCCAUUGCUUGCAACUACUGGAUUGAUACCACUUCUCGGAAUCGAUGUCUGGGAACAUGCUUAUUAUCUUCAAUACAAAAAUGUUCGUCCUGACUAUGUUAAAGCUAUAUUUGAUAUUAUUAACUGGUCAAAUGUUUCAGACAGAUUUGAAACAGCGUCAAAAUAAAUCCUAUUUACAACAAUAGUUUUGGUUGCCACUUUGGUGUGCGAACUCUGCAUUUGUGUGAUCUUAGUGAUUUCAGAGGGUUAAUUCAUGUCUUUGUGAGAUCGCAUACCAAAAUGGCACCCAAUUUGUUUUCUAUUCACAACUAAACUAAUGUGAUAUUAUGUUGCAAAAUAUUCAUUUUUUUUUUAAUAUAUCGAAAGCUUCAGGUGUUUAAAUUUGUUUGAAUUACUAUUCAAUAAUGUAAUUGGUAAUUGUUCAUAAACAGUUAUUCAAUCGUUGAGGUAAAAUCUGUUUAAUAUUGUAUAAUUUAUCACAGA